CCUAGUUGCACAUUUGCGAAAAUUUCAAGCCAUGAGAGACGAGAAUCAACGGUUCCAAAUCCAAGCAGUUGCAAUAGUUUUAUUGUUGGUUUUACAGCUCUGCCUUGCCUUGCCAAUGGGAAAUGAUAUAGACAACGAUGGAAACUACCAAAACCCGGGCAGUGGACGACCUGUAGACUACCAUACAGUAGUGGGCCACUUCAAGGACUUUUUCAUGUACCUGCCCGUGAUGAUGACCACCUUAAAGGAGACAAUGUCGGGAUUUCCCAAAUUCGCCGAGGGUGUGCGCAUCCUGACUUCCGGCAAAGGAAGAGUCGACGGCGAGGACUGUAAGUGCAGCCAGAAUGGAUUGACAAGCGGCGAGCUUCUGGACACCAAUAGUCGGUUUGGUUGACCCACAUUGAGACUUUUGUAGAUACUGUACAUAUGGAUGAAUUAAGAAUAAAGGAAAAAUCGUCAAAUAA